AUGAAGAAUGCACGCUUCACACCAACUGAAAACGUAUUAGCCGAGCAAGGAAACAAAUAUGAUGCAUUCGUAGAAUUAGCUUAUUCGGAAUUAAUGGAGUAUCGUUAUUUUACGUUUCCUAUUUUCAACGUAACCGAUCCUACGCUGUCCACAGAUUUUGUAGACAGCGCUUGCCCAUCAGCACCAGUGGUAGUAGGACCACCAGGACAGCCAGGGCGAGAUGGACGGA